CGACUCGAUUGUUGUUUUGGAAACUUUUAAGUUGCGUGUAGCAGGCUGUAAAAAACAAAACAAUCAAAAGAAUGAUUUUUUGACGGGUUUCCGGAAGUUUUUCGCUGGAUUUCAAAGUUCUCCAGAUCUACAGUUUGUUAAAAGCUGAAAUUGAACGCAAAGCGUAAACCUAAAUGCUUGACCAGGAGCAAAGCACUAUGCAGCACAAUAAUUUGGUUCCGGACACGACGGCACUGUGCCGAGUGUGUAUGACGCCUAAAGAGGGGAACUGCACGAAUCUGUACGAUUCCUGUUCUCUUGCUACUAGUCAACCCAGCUUACACGAAAUGCUUAAGAUUAUUUGUGUUCCGGUUUUCGGCAAAUCCGAAGCAGGCGAUCCACCCGGAAUGCCGACGGACGUAUGUUCAAAUUGUCGGCACGCCGUCGUAGCGGCCUUUCACCUGCACCAGAUGUGCGUCGAAACGGACCGUCGAUUGGGCGAGUUGCUGGCAUUGAGGUGGGAACUUGAGGGACCGGACGGAGGUGAUCCACUGCAAGGAUGCGAUUACAUUGAAACUAACGUGGCUGACAAAAGGAUAAAAGACGCUCUCUCGAGCAAUCAACAGUUGGACAUGAUAAAAGAUGAACCGCUGGACUUGAUGGAUGAAAACGAGGAAGACUGCGAUGAACCGAAUCCUGCAGAGAACAAAGAGGGGGAAGCUGAUAAAACAAAUUCAGAAAAGCUACAUCAUUGCGAAAUUUGCAACCAAUCGUUUACAAGGAUGAGUGCAAAAGUCACUCACAUCUCAUUUCGUCAUCCUGAUGUAGGUGACCCGAAGGGGCCUUUCACGUGUGAUUUGUGCGGAGAAACUUUUGCAUUCCGCGGACCGAUGCGGUUGCACAGAGUCUCGCACCUCGGAGAAGUCGUUUGUACCUGUGGUCGUUCUUUUUCGAGUAAAAAAACCUUCAACGCACAUAUUGAUGCCGGAACAUGCACGGGAGCCCAGGAAAAAGAAUGUAAACUGUGCAAUGCAACUUUUCGAACACUUUAUAGUGCCGUAAAUCAUCGCAGAAUGGUGCACCCAGAGCAGAUAAAAACGCUGCCGGAACUUUACUGUGAUAUAUGUAACAAGCCUUUCCAUGGUCGACGCGUAUUAACACAACACAAAAGAACAGAGCAUGCAAAGGUAACUGCAACUACAACGCAGAAGAAAAUGUACGAAUGUUCAAUUUGUAGAGAAACGUUUAAUACAUUAUCAGCUAGAGGUAAUCACCGUAAAAAACACAAAGGCUUUUUUAAAUGCUCAAUUUGUGAUAAAGUUUUCAUGAAUAAACAUGGUUUGAAGGGCCAUAUGGUCAGGCACUCAGGGGUCAAGCCAUUUGCGUGCGAUCAGUGCCCAAUGCGAUUUUUUGUGCGAAUGGAACUAAGUGAACACAUGCUCACGCAUACGAGGGCAAAGGAUUACACCUGUGAAAUUUGUGGAAGCAGGUUUUCGAAGGAAUAUUCAAUGAUUAAACACAUCAGAUUCAUCCACGAGGGCCAACGUCCUUACGAGUGUUCGGUGUGUGGAUUCAAGUUCUCCAUCCUAUCGCAGCUCAAACGUCACAUGCUAACUCACACGAAAGAAAAGCCACAUAAAUGCCAGCUGUGCCCCCAAGCCUACGCCCAGACCAACGAUCUGGUCAAGCACGCGGCUCGUGUACACGGCAUUGACAAACCAUAUCAAUGCGAUCGGUGCGACGAGGGUUUCCGGUUGUUAACGGAUCUGCGACAGCACUACCGGGUGCACGUGCAAUCGACGGAGGGUGGAGCCGACCAGAUGGAGGAGGUGCGAUUUACCACUAUGGCGAUUUUGCAGAGAGCGUUCUCGAAAGACAAACAACAGCAGGCUGAGGGAAAAUUGGAAUCGCCACUUGCAAUCAAAAUGAAAUUUGGUUUGUUUGCGGACACGAAGGCGCUGUGCCGAGUGUGCAUGACGGCCACGGACGGACAUCGCACUGACCUGUACGACGGAACUUCGCUUGUAGCCGGACAGCCGAGUUUACAUGAAAUGCUGAAGGCCAUUUGCGCCGCAGUAUUUGAUAAAUCUGAUGCUGACUAUCCACCGGGAUUUCCGACGCAGGUCUGCGCCAACUGUCGGAAUGCUAUCCUCGUGGCCUUCAAGCUACACCAGACGUGCAUCGAAACCGACCGCCGGUUGGGCGAGCUGCUGGCGCUAAAGUGGGAGCUUCAGGAUCUUGGGGGCGGUGGAGAAUCCGGAGAUCCGCUGAGGUCCAGCCUUCGCCCCUUUGAGUGCCAGAUUUGUGGUUUCAAGCUGUUCACGUCGACGCAGCUGAAGCGCCACUUGCUUGGCCAUUCGAAGGAAAAACCCUACAAGUGCGAGCUUUGCACACAAGCCUUCGUCAAGACCGACGAGCUGGCCAAUCACGUGGCUCGCAAACACCGGGGCGGGCUACCGUACCCUUGCGAUCGCUGCGAUGAGUCGUUCCGGUUGAUGACGGAGCUGCGCCACCACUACCGGGUUCACGUUCAAGCUGGCGAACAGAUCGAUGAGAUGCGGUUUACCGCGAUGGCUACGUUGCAGCGAAUAUUCGCUAGGGAUAAACAGAAGCUGCCUGAAGAAGGCAACUGUUCAGUCACCAUGUUCGAUCAAACUGGAGGCACCGCUAAACUAUGCCGAGUCUGUAUGACGGCCAAAGAGGGUCAUCGCACCGACCUUUACGAUACCACGUCAUUAGUAUCCGGCCAGCCCAGCCUGCACGGAAUGCUGAAAGCGAUUUGCGCCCCGGUAUUUGAGAAAUCCGAAUCAGACCGCCCACCCGGAAUGCCAACGAAGGUUUGCUCGAUCUGUCGGAAUGCUAUCCUCGCGGCCUUCAAGCUGCACCAGACGUGCAUCGAAACCGAUCGCCGGUUGGGUGAGCUGCUGGCGGUCAAGAGAGAACUACAAGAUCUAGAACAUAACGAUGGACCGGGAGAUCCAUUGGGGUCCAACAGCAAGGAAACGCUGCGUGAUGAAAUGUUGAACAUGAGCGUUGAAGGGGGUUGCGUUAAGACGGACGGAGCAACGCUUCUUCUUAAGGAGGAGCAACCAAAAGAGGAGAAGGCAGAUUCACUUCCUGAAGCUGAACAUGUGGGUACGAUAAAAGUUGAAGAGCUGAACUUGAUGGAGGCAAGUGACAAUGACAACGAUAAUGCUUCCGACUGUGAUGAGGACGAAGAACCUCUCGUCGACGAAGAUACGAGCAAAACGACCUGUAAGAUUUGCUCGAAAUCGUUCAGUAAAGCAUCCCUGCUGAGAAAACACAUGAGCAUAAAGCACAAGAAAACACUAAAAAAAUCCGUGAAAUGUUCCUGUGGGAGAAUUUUUAAAAGCGAAAAAAGAUUUAAUGAACACACCGCUUCCGGUACGUGCUCAGGAGAGAUCGGUAGAAAGUGUAAUUUAUGUGAUAAAAUCUUCAAAUCGGUUGACGUCAUGGUUAGACAUCGCAACUCGGUGCAUUCAGAGCCCGUCGUAUGUUCCGAGUGUGGUAAAACGAUGGCGAACUUCAACAGCCUGCGGAUGCACUUGCGGGUUGGAUACUGUUCCAAGCAGAAAGAUAAACCCCCGACGGAAGCUAUGCUUGCUGCCAGGACUUGCAAGGUUUGUGGUGAAUUGCAGAAAACCCGUUUCGCGGUAAGUGGCCACAUGAAGGUUGCGCAUCCGGACCGUAUGUUUCGUUGCGACAUUUGCGGUAAGGAGUUUCAACUUCAGAGAUAUUUGGAUCUGCACAAAGUAUCGCACGGUCCUAAAACGUAUCUUUGCCAAUCUUGCAACGAAAUCUUGCCCACAAAAGAAGCUCUCAAGAAGCAUCGGCGAACCCACAAAGCUCCCAUCACGUGCAACGUUUGUGGAAAAGUUGUGGCCACCAAUUAUUCACUGUCCGUUCACAUGGAGCGGCACGUAGGCCUAAAACCGUUCGCUUGUGACAAUUGCCCGAUGCGGUUUUUCACGAAAGCGGAGAUAAGAGGUCACAUGCUAACGCACACCAAGAAGCAGGACCACGUUUGUGACCUUUGUGGGUCCCGAUUCACGACCAAUCAUUCACUGAAAAAGCAUGUUAUACAUGUCCACGAAGGUCAGCGUCCCUUUCCGUGCUCGCUGUGCAGUUUAAAGUUUGCCCACGCGAACCAGCUGCAGCGCCACAUGUACACGCACACCGGGGAAAAACCCCACAAGUGUGAACUUUGCCCGCAGGCGUACGCCCAGACCAACGAUCUGGUCAAGCACGUGGCCCGCGCCCACGGCGAUGGCAAUCCGUACCUUUGCGACCUGUGCGACGAGGGCUUCCGGUUGUUAACGGAUCUGCGACAGCACUACCGGGUGCACGUGCAAUCGACGAAGGGUGGAGCCGACCAGAUGGAGGAGGUGCGCUUUACCAGUGUGGCGAUACUGAAGAGGGCGUUCGCUAAAGCUAAACAACGGUUAGGAAUCGAUAGCGGGCUGAAUUAUACUGCUGGUAUCAUCACCACCAUGCAGUUCGACCUGGUCAGGGACACCACCAAGCUUUGCCGAGUGUGCUUGACGGAUAGCGUUGGACAUCGCACCGACCUGUACGAAGCCCUAGUAUCUGACCAGACUAGCUUGCACGAAAUGCUGAAAGCCAUUUGCGCCACCGUAUUCGAUAAAUCCAACGCUGAGUGUCCACCCGGCAUGCCUACGACGGUUUGCGCCGACUGCCGGAAUAAUAUCCUCGUGGCUUUCAAGCUGCACCAGUCUUGCAUCGAUAGUGAGCGUCGGCUGAUAGAGCUGUUGGCGCUAAAGUGGGAGCUUCGAGAUCUGAAGAGUGAGGAUGAAUCCGGAGAUCCACUUAAGUCCGUCGGUGAGGAAGCGCCGCAAGAAAAAAUGUUAAGCGUUGAAUUGGAAAGUCAAGUUAAGCUCCAACGAGAAAUGCAUCUUCUCGAGGAGGAGCAACCAAAAGACGAGAUGGAAGAUUCACUUUUAGAUAGUGAGCAUGGAGAAACGAUAAAGGUUGAAGAAUUAGAUUUGAUCGACGUGGACGACAACGAAAACGGCGAUAUUUCUGAAACUGGUAUUCGUCCCUUCGCGUGCUCACAGUGCAGUUUAAGGUUUUCCACCGCACAUCGACUGCAGAUCCACAUGUACACCCAUACCGGGGAAAAACCGAACAAGUGUGAACUUUGCCCGCAGGCGUACGCCCAAACCAACGAUCUGGUCAAGCACGUGGCCCGCGCCCACGGCGAUGGCAAUCCGUACCUUUGCGACCUGUGCGACGAGGGGUUCAAGCUAAUGACGGACCUGCGCCAGCACUAUCGGGUGCAUGUGCAAUCGACGGAAGGUGGCGCCGACCAGAUGGAGGAGGUGCGCUUCACCAGUGUGACGAUUCUGAAGAGGGCGUUCGCUAAAAAAGGUGCAGUAAUGCCGCUCGAUCUGAUCGCGGACACCACCAAGCUUUGCCGGGUGUGCAUGACGGCCAAGGAGGGUCAUCGCACCGACCUGUACGAUGCCGCUUCGUUCGUGUCCGGCCAGCCCAGCCUGCACGGGAUGCUGAGAGCCGUUUGCGCACCGGUAUUUGACAAAUCCGACGACGCAGUAGACCGUCCACCCGGAAUGCCCACCAAGGUUUGCGCCAUCUGUCGGAACGCCACCAUUGCGGCCUUUAAACUGCACCAGAUUUGCAUCGAUACCGAGCGCCGGUUGGGGCAGUUGCUGGCGCUGAAGCGGGAACUUCGGGAAGGGUCGGAGGGCGAUGAGAUUGGUGGAGAGUGUGGCGAUCCGUUGAAGAGUAAUGCUGAGGGGGCAUUGGAACCAACAGUGCAGACACAGCCUGCAAUGCCUGAAGAGGAACACGAAGAAGAAACGGAACCUCAGGAGUCCGAGCAAAUUCCCGAGAAUAUCGAAGAUUCUCUGCCAAAUGGUGAACACGAGGGUUCGAUUAAAGUUGAAGAAUUAGACUUGGUUGAUACCAGCGAUAACGAAGAACAUGCCGAACAUGCUUCUGAUUCGGCCGAAAAUCAGGAACCUACCAGCGUAGACUAUAAAGUCAAGAGAAAUUGUAAAAUAUGCUCGGAAACGUUCUACAAACCUUCCUUGCUGAGAAAUCACAUGACGCAAACGCAUCAGCUGUACAUGUGCGAAAUAUGCCACGAAACGUUUGGAUCUCUUUCCUGGUUCGUUCAACACAAGUCCAUGAAGCAUAGAAAGCGACCUGCUUGUUCAAAUUGUGGUGAGAAAUUCGUUACUAAACUUGAUUUGAAGAACCACCAACAGCAAGGAUCAUGCUCGGGAAAGAUUAAUCAAUGCUCAAUAUGCAAGGAAGUAUUUCCCACAAGAGCUUCUCUGUAUAAACAUAGGAUAACCCACAGGACCACUUACAAAUGCAAUAUUUGUGACGUAAUGUCGAUCUCGAAAUCAACGCACGAUCUUCACAUGAGGAGACACUUGGGCGAUAAACAGUUCGCUUGUAACCACUGUCCAAUGCGUUUUCACACAAGAGUAGAGCUGGCAAAACACAUACUAACGCACACCAAGACCAAGAACACAGUUUGUGAAAUUUGCGGCUCUCGAUUCACAAGAAAAGAAUCUCUAAAGAUGCACGUAAAACGUGUACAUGAAGGAUAUCGUCCCCACGAGUGCUCGCUGUGUGGUCUAAAAUUUUCCCUAAUAUGUCUCCUCAAGCGCCACAUGUACACCCAUACCGGCGAAAAACCAUUCAAGUGCCAGCUGUGUCCGCAGGCGUACGCCCAAACCAACGAUCUGGUCAAGCACGUGGCCCGCGUUCAUGGCCUCGACAAGCCUUACCAGUGCGAUCGGUGCGAUGAGGGGUUCCGGUUGCUGACGGAACUGCGCCAGCACUACCGGGUGCACGUACAAUCGACGGAAGGUGGCGCCGAACAGAUGGAGGAGGUGCGCUUCACCAGUGUGGCAAUUCUGCAGCGGGCAUUCGCCAAAGAUAGGCAGCCGACGGGAGAUGAAGCUUUCGAGUAGCGAAUCUGCACGGCAUUGAUUGCUGGUUUGGAGUUUGGUAAAAAAUAAAAAGAAAACAUUUAUUUGAAAUCGAGAUUGAAA